AUGAACAUCGUGGUGGAGUUCUUCGUGGUCACUUUCAAAGUGCUCUGGGCGUUCGUGCUGGCCGCGGCGCGCUGGCUGGUGCGGCCCAAGGAGAAGAGCGUGGCCGGCCAGGUGUGCCUCAUCACGGGCGCCGGCAGCGGCCUGGGCCGCCUCUUCGCGCUCGAGUUCGCCCGGCGCCGGGCGCUGCUGGUGCUCUGGGACAUCAAUACUCAGAGCAACGAGGAGACGGCGGGCAUGGUGCGCCACAUCUACCGAGACCUGGAGGCGGCCGACGCCGCGGCGCUGCAAGCUGGAAAUGGUGAGGAAGAAAUUCUGCCCCACUGUAACUUGCAGGUUUUUACCUAUACCUGUGAUGUGGGAAAAAGGGAGAAUGUCUACCUGACUGCAGAAAGGGUCCGCAAGGAGGUUGGCGAGGUCUCAGUCCUGGUCAAUAAUGCCGGCGUGGUCUCUGGGCAUCACCUUCUGGAAUGUCCUGAUGAGCUCAUUGAGAGAACCAUGAUGGUCAAUUGCCAUGCACACUUCUGGACCACUAAGGCUUUUCUUCCUACAAUGCUGGAGAUUAAUCAUGGUCAUAUUGUGACAGUUGCAAGUUCCCUGGGAUUGUUCAGUACUGCUGGAGUUGAGGAUUAUUGUGCCAGUAAAUUUGGAGUGGUGGGUUUUCAUGAAUCCCUGAGCCAUGAGUUAAAGGCUGCUGAAAAGGAUGGAAUUAAAACAACGUUGGUUUGCCCUUACCUUGUAGACACGGGCAUGUUCAGAGGCUGCCGAAUCAGGAAAGAAAUUGAGCCUUUUCUGCCCCCUCUGAAGCCGGAUUACUGUGUGAAGCAGGCCAUGAAGGCCAUCCUCACCGACCAGCCCAUGAUCUGCACCCCCCGCCUCAUGUACAUCGUGACGUUCAUGAAGAGCAUCCUCCCUUUUGAAGCAGUCGUGUGCAUGUAUCGGUUCCUAGGAGCAGACAAGUGUAUGUACCCAUUUAUCGCUCAAAGAAAACAAGCCACAAACAAUAAUGAAGCAAAAAAUGGAAUCUGAGAAUCGAUCUUUUUUGUAUGGAAUAUCAUUUCUAUCAGAAGACGAUCAAGGUAUUUCAGUCCUAUCUACAUCAGCAUUAUUGACAUUCUCUGGAUUCCAAAUCCGUGUUGACUUUUUUUUAAAUCAACUUUUUAAAAAAUAAAGUGUAAAUUAACCGACUAGAAUACUUGGAAAAUGUGAUCAGCAAAAGUGAGCUUACCUUGUUGCCAGCAGGCUCCUUUUCGGCCGAACCCUAAAACCUGUCAAAUCUUUCAGACAAGCACUGUGUGACAUCUCCAGGCUACCAUUAUUUUUUUUAAUGAGCAGAAAGUCUAGAGAUGAUAACAACAGUGUGUUUCAGCCGUGUGGGGUUUUUUUUUUUUUUAAUCUCCAUGGAGUUUAUUAAUUCUUGUAAUUAAACUCUAGCCAAUUGACGCCCUUGCAACUUCAAGGACUGAUAGUGCUCUAUUUUCUCAUGUUUUAUAAGUUUCAGUUUUGCAAAGCCUGUGUGGCUUUUCGUGGUGUUUGUGUGUACAGCUCUUUUGAAAAGGAAUUUUGAAAUCUCCACCAAUUUGAAGUAAAUGAUGUUUGAUUAUUACAGUAAAGGUGAUCAGGUCUCUUUCUUAAAGUCAUAAUGACUGAAGUGUUAGCUGGAUUUUUAAUUUUAUCUCUGAAAUCUUCCCUUAAGGAUCUAUUACUCUGGAGACCUAGUUAUCCACAAAGGUCAUACAUUUUCUACCUGUGAAUUUUGCUGCAUACAGAAAGUGCCCUUUCCUCAGGAAGUUGCUGUGUUUCAUUUCUCUGAGUGGACUUUUAUCUAGAAUACAUAGCAGCUCUGCAAAGAAACAGUUCCUAAAAUUGGGAACUUCCGCAUUAAAAAAAAAAGUCCCCAUUUUUGUGCCAACUAUGAUUACUGAGGGGGAAAAACCAUAUUCUAUGGAGUACGUAUGGAAGGGUGUAAAGAUUCUUCUGAAAGUUUUAUUCACAUUGUAGAACAGCAAUUGACAUUUUUACAGUAUUUUUUUGUAAAGCAAACUAUUUUGUGCCUUGAAUUUGGUAAAUGUGUAUUAGUGAAAUGUUGUUAAAGUGGACCUCUACCUCUGUAUCUAAAUGUAUACCAUCCACUUGUAAAUUACUAUAAACUAUUAUGUGAUUGCCUUUUUUUUUUUAGAAUGUCUUGUUUAAAUAGCAACCAAUGUUUAAGGCUAUUAAAAUAAGCCAUCUUUUACUAAUUAAUUGGGACGUUUUAUAAAGGACUGAUUAAAUUUAAAGAAUUAACCUACAUGUGCAAUGGACUGUGAUUAUUAGUUAUCAGUAAUAUUGUAGAGAAAAUCAUUGCGUCCCCUUUUUUACUCAUGCCAGAUCACACUUAAAAGAAGAAACGUUUGAAUGGGGUAAUGUUCACGAACUGCCAUUAACAACUCAGGGUGCCGUGCACUCAAGUUUCUAUUGUUACCGUCUCCUUAGAUGAGAUACUUCAUCAGGGGCUUGUUCGCACUGAAAGUGGGAAGACCGCAUCCCAUUUGCCAUGAGUUUGCUCCGUGGAUCAGGUCAGCACUGUAAUCACAUACAGGAAAGUCCAGCUCACUGCGGGCAUUCCCAGCGCUGGUCUUAAGGAAUAGCUUCAUUUAUGUUAGAAAUUCUCUAAAAAAGGAAACGACACCGACGCCUGAGACCAUUAUAACAUUUGAGGCAUUUGGAGUGGAAGCAAUGCUUCCUAACACUGUGGGGGGUAGAGACAGAUAUUCUCAGUUUGUCCAGGUCCUCCCAGCCAGCCCAGGGCACUCUCAAACCAGCCUAGAGAAAUCCAUGCUACUGUCAUGACCCAUUUAUUGGUUUCAAGACUAAGGAAAGCCUUACUUACAUUUAAUUUUAUUCUCAUGUGUUAUAAUUUAAA